CCUCUGUAGGGUUAAAAUAUAUUGUUGAAAAAACACUCCACAGCAGCUGUGACUAGUACACUUUGGGAAAAUUUCAGUCUCGGUAAGCAUACGGAGCUCAAGUUUGUGGAAACCCAAAUGGAAUCUGAGGGAGAUGAAGACACCCAUCAACCCCCAAAAUGGAGUAGACCUACAAAACAAGCUCAAUUUUCUUCAACUUCAAAGAAAGAUUCCUUCUUGACAAUUCCUGUUCUUCCAGAAGAACUCAUCACUGAAAUCCUCUUGAGGCUUCCAGUGGAACCCCUUUUGAAAUUCAGGUCUGUUUCGAAGUCUUGGCUUUCUUUGAUCUCUAGCCCUGAAUUUGUCAAGAGCCAUCUUAGUGUAUCUGCUAAUAACAAAGAUUACACUCACCACAGGGUGAUGCGUAGUUUUAGAGGUACAUUAGAUCUUAAAGAUUAUACUCUUAGUUCUUUAUUUUCUGAGUCUGUUACGGAGGUAUUUGACUUGAAUUAUCGCAUGACAUCUGAUGGAUUGUAUAACGAAUGGCCUCACUCUGUAAUGAUUCUAGGUUCCGUAAAUGGAUUGAUUUGUCUUGUGGGUGAGAGAUAUGAUUUGUUUCUAUGGAAUCCAUCAAAUAGAAAGUACAAGAAAUUGCCUGAUCCUACAUCUACAAUGUGGUUUGAGCAGUGGCAAAUUUAUGGUUUUGGAUAUGAUGAGUUUCAUGAUGACUAUAAGCUAGUGGGUGGCUUUUGUAGUGAUGACAAAUCCAGUCUAGGUGGGCUCAAAAUAUAUAGUUUAAAUAGUGAUUCUUGGGGAAGUGUUGAUGAUCAUCAAAGUCAGGACGAAAUCGAUGUUUCAGGUAAGUUUGUGAAGGGGAAACUUCACUGGCCUACAGCUACUGUUGAUCAUCUAAUUAUUAACUACAAGGAUUGGAAUAUCAUUUCUUUUGAUUUGGCUAAUGAGAAAUGGGGAGAAGUGGAGCAUCCUUGCUAUAGAGAGGGAGAUAUCGCUUUGAUCCUGGGAGUGUUAGGAAGUGAUCUUUCUGUUUUUUGUGAUUAUAGUAGCUCUCAUGUAGAUGUUUGGGUCAUGAAAGAGUAUGGGGUUAAAGAAUCUUGGACAAAAAUGUUUACCAUCAAUUAUCCUAAUCAUCUAGUUGGGUAUGGUCAUGCACUUUCUCGGCCUUCUUUCAUUUCAAAUAAAGGUGAAAUUUUGGUCGUGUUUAUUUCAGCUUCUGUGAUAUGCAACCCGAAGGAUGCUUCAUUAAGAUAUUCAAAGGCUAUCAACUUUUAUGACUAUCCUAAGGUAGCACUCUAUGUUGAAAGUCUAGUUUGUCCUUUUUCUAGAUAAGGUGUUACGGAUGCAACAAAAGACAAAAGGCUGAAAGAGCUCAGAUCAAGAAAACCAAGUAACAAAUAACUUGUAAGAGUACUUUUUUUCUCAAGUUCUGUUAAAUUCUGAUUGUUAUUUCACAUAUAGAACAAGACAAGUCAUAUAAAAGGACAUCUUUAAACCGUAUUGCUUGGAGAUUUUGUUAGUCAUUUUCCCUUUAUGCACUAUUUUCAAGGAACAAUAAAUUUGUCUUCGACUAUGAACUAAGUGAUGUUAGACAUCUUUUCUCUUGUUCCACAGUGUUUUAAAGGAAUGUUAUGCCUCUAGACAGAGUAAAAAUUAAAGAGCACCAGGAACAUAGAACUUGUGGCAUGUGAAUGCACCGAUAAUGCUGAGGUCCUUCCCAGGGUUAUUGUUUGAUCUAGGGGCUUCUUUAAUUAAUCUUUUAUAGGUGAAACUUUAUAAGGCAAAAAGAGCAAAAUCGGUACUUCUGGAAUAGGUAUUACGGUCUGCAUAGUAUCUGAUUUUGGCUUUUCAUGCUUCUGCUAAUAGGUAGCUAACUGUUUAUUAUCUUCUGUACCAGUUUUGAUUUUGUCCUUGCUCCUACAGUCGUAGUUACUAGCUGUGUUUUUCUUCAGGUAUUAUGGUCUACCUACUAUCUGUAUGUUUCUUCUGGACUUGUUUUGGUGUUCUUGAGCCACUUUAUAAGGGAGUACCUUGCUAGGGUAGUGUUUGAUCUCGGGCUUAUUUUUACUUGUCUUCUUAGGUGAAACUUAAAUAGGGAAAAGACGAAAUACGGGAAUUACUGAAUAAGAGUUAAAAUGGAGUAAUCAUAAAGAGGACCAGGGACAUGGAAAUAAUGGCAGCAGAAUGUGCCUAAUCCUUGCUGGGGUAGUGUUUGAUCUCGGGUGUACUUUUACUUGUCUUCUUAGGUGAAACUUAAUAGGGAAAAAGACGGAUUUAAAUCUUUGUUUAAGAUGAUGCUGUCUUCUAAUUACCGAAGUUCAACUCUUUUCGUCUUUGUUAUUUUAAAUAAGAUGUGUCCCUGCUAUAAAGAAUUCUC